AACACUUUGUGGUCGGAUGAGCCCGGACGAGUCACCGCUUCAUAGGCUUUGACGUUUUUGGAAUACGUUUAUACGAAAUUGGAAAAAUACACAAAGCAAAGCAGGACAAGGCCGGAACCCAACGUGCCCGACUAUGCCAGACUCUUCGCAGGCAGAGUCCGAGGAGGACAAGGCUCUCCUGUCGAACGACUUCGUGGUCAUGAUAGAUUGCUUGCCGGAGUUGGGGGAGGCCUUUUGCGAAAGCUCGGACGACUACGAGCUGGCCUGGCUGUGGCUCAACAAGCUGACCACCUUCGAAUGCUCCACCAUCUACGAGCUGCGGAUGCGCAACGCCUUCAUGAGCCACUUCAGCGUGUGCCUGAACCAGAAGCGGCUGACUGGGGUCUUCCGCCAGCCGCCGCCAGAGGUGCUGGAGUGGGUGGACUUUCAGGAUGAUUCUUCCCAAGAACAGGUGGCCCGCGCAUGCCGGCUGGCCACUUGCUGCGGCAUGCAGACCGCCCCCAACACGAUGCAGAUGUCCUUCGACGAAGCUCCUCGGGCUCGCGAGGCCCCCUGCUGCAGUCGCAGCCAGUCGUCCCAUGCCGCCGCGGCUAGGUCACCAUCACACUGCUCCUGCGGCAGCCAGAAUUCCCCGGAGAAGGCUUACUACCAUUCCAAUGGGGGGCGCUACUCCGCCGGACAUUCCGCUGCUACUUCUCCGGGCUUCGGGGACCCGGGGAGUUCCACGAGCGAGGAGGAGUUCAGUCGCAAAGCCUCCGGCUACACCCAGCCCGAUUCCCCGUCCAGCUAUCGCUCUAGGUCCUCGCCCCCCAAGCCCUCGUCUCGCAGCGAGCCUGCGUCCAAGUCCUUCUCCAAGGAGGACGUCUCCCACUUGCUGCAACUCAUCCGGGGAGAGCUAAGUGGGGAACCCAACUCCAAGCGGAACGACUUCCUGGAGCAGCAGCUGCGCCGGUACCGCGACUUCUACGCCCUGAACAAGCACAAGGACCCUGACUUCGACGCCCCAGUGGCCGGGGACCCCAAAUCGGAGCGCAACAUCCUGCUCCUGAACAUGCAGAAAGAUCUCAUUAAGUUGUUGUUCGAGUAGACUCUUCCUAUAUUGUGUUAAUGCCGUGUAUCCUGCGGAAAAUAAAUUUCAAAUGAAAAGGUG